AUGCUUCGAUCACAUCUUAAUCGAAAAAAUCCAUGCCGCCCUCGAAACCCAAUACCAGCACCUCAACCCGAGCUAGAUACUGAUUUGGAAUCAACAUGGACGGAAUUUUUAAAGUAUUUAGGUGUGGUACCAUGGUGUACUGAAAAUUCUAACACCCUCUCCCCAAUAGAAAAUUCUAAUGCGCAAGCAAGCAGCUCCGCUGAUGUUCCGAAAUUCGAAUUAACAAAUGUUAUUAAUUCCGGCGUUGAAUUAUUAGAUGCACAUUGUCGCGUACAAAUAGGAAAAGAAAGUAUAUACUCCCAUGACCCAAUCAAUUCUCUAAACACGCUUAGGGAACAGAUAAUAAAAAUCUUUAACGAACGGUUUGAUUUAACGCAUGGUUUCAAAACUCGAUUAUGUCUUGUAGGGAAAUUGUCAAGAUCAGCAAAUUAUCAGCAAGGGUUAUUUGAUGAUAAAAUAGAAGAAGAUAACAGUGAAAAAGAUUAUAAAGAAGUUCCAUUCAAAAAUAAAGCAGUUGUAGUAACUUCAAAAGAGGAUAUUCCAAGAAUUGUAGAUAAGCUUAUUUGGGAUAUUGAAAAACGAGUAUAUGUCCGUGAAGGCUCAGUUCUCAUCUUCCACUACCCAAAAGGACUACCUAAACGAAAUAAUGGAAUUAUAAAUAUUAAAAAUGAGGAUGAAUAUUGUAUUCUUGCAGAACUUUUCCCAGCACAACAUCAUCGAGAACGAGUUUCUUGGUAUACCCCUCACUUACGUAAGUUAAAUUUCAACGGGAUUCAAUUUCCAGUAAAAGCAGACAAUGAUACAAUGAAAAAGUUCGAGAAACAAAAUCCAGCUAUAUCUGUAUCAAUUUAUGGAUGGAGUGAAAAAGAACUUAUCCCAAUCAGAAUUGCACCUAAAUCCAAAAUUGAUGCUCAGCAUAUGGAAGAUUGUGAAGGGAUUAAUACUCCAGUACAAAGAACAGGAAUGCCCAAAGAAGGUAAAAACACAUAUAAAUUCAAAAGAAUCGAACGAAUGAUGGAUGCGCCAUUUACAUGUUAUGUAGAUGCGGAAGGUUUCACCAAAAAGAUCAAUGAAAAACGCGGAACAAAUACGACGGCAAUCCAAGAGCAUGAGCCCUCAGGAUUAGAUUAUAUAAUUAUACGAAGUGACGGUCAAUUCAAAGCUCCAGUUCAAAUAAGAGGAGCAGAUCCCGCAGGAGACUUUAUUAAAGCUAUGGAGAAAGAGACGGAGAUUAUCUCGCAAGUGGACAUAUACUCCGGGAUAGCGCUUCUAAAUUAA